GUGAUUCAUGUAAUUUCUCUUUUCUCCGCACAAAAUUCAAUCACACAACCUUUACUUUAUUAUUUUCCAUACCAAUCAAACUUGACAAAGUAGGGAGAAAAUUCCGACCAACAUAAUUUUAUUUUAAGAAAUAAACACAGUAAUAAUUAAGUGAAGGUCAAAACACAAAAACAAAAGCCCCGCAGGCUCAAAUGCUCAAUAAUGCAAGACGUAAGCAUCAUAUCGGACGGUGGCAUCGCCACUUGUGAUAUUAACCCAGUGAGUCCUGGCCUCAACGUAGCCGCGAGCGAACCGGAAAAGCCCACUGCCGCCGACGAUGGGCAUCUCCCGCACCUUAAGAAACGCCGGGUUCCGGCCAACCACCGUGAGGGUGCUGCCGUUGUACUUGCCUUCAAUGAAAGCCAGAUUCAUAACCAUCAAAAGCCCGAGAUCUGCCUGACCCGCCGAAGCAUAAAUCCCCUGCGCUCUUCCCACGCACUUGGAGCCCAGAUCCGGCCCGACCGUAAGCGGAUUGUCGAUUAUGUUUGUCCCCCCGAAGCCGGUCAUCGACGACGAGCUAUUAGCCGCCGGGAUGAUUUCGAUCGACGUCGGCUUCGUCCCGCUAAGGACGUCGUGCCAAUACCAGCGGAAAUGGCUGGCUUUUUCGAUCUUCAGUCCAAGUGAUUCCCGGUCUAUCUGCUUUCCGAAGAUUUGUUCUUCUCCGGUAGCCCGGAAAGUGAGGAGGAAGAAGAUGAAGAAGGGAAGGGAGACGGUAAAAAUGGGAUGCAUACUUGGAUUGUUUGCCAUAAUUAAAAAGCUGGCUAGCUUAAUUUGGUUUGGAUCAGAAGUGGGUUCGGACACUAGAAAUGGAUUGUUACCAGAAAGGUAUAUAUAGA